GUUUACGUAUGAUAUGUGUGCUGCAGUUGGGUGGUUGCAGUGGUUCAACAUAACCUGAAUUUUAUUGAAAUUUUAUAGUUUUGCUGUACGGAUAUUUAUAUGUAUGGUAUGAAGUACAUUUGCGAAUAGAACUCAAAAUGAUGGGAAUUCCUAUUCAAGUAGCAGUUCGGGUGCGUCCGUUGCUGCCUACGGACAGGCUACAUGACGUUGUUUGUGUUGAUAGUCUUCCAUAUGCUAACCAGAUUGUUCUGGGGAACCAGAAAUGUUUCACUGUAAAUUAUGCAUUGCCCAUGGAUUGUUCCCAAAGUCAACUUUUUAUCACUACAGUAUACCCUCUCAUUUAUUGCGUUCUGGAAGGGUAUGACAUAUCGGUGAUUGCGUAUGGCCAAUCUCGUUCAGGGAAGACAUAUACCAUAUUUGGUCCUGGUCUGCAUUGUGCUUUAAGUGAAACUGAAUAUGGCGUUAUUCCUAGGGUAACUAGAGAAAUCUUCAGUCAACUGACGCAAACUCCUGGAAGAACAUUUAAAGUAACAGUGUCAUUUAUUGAGAUUUAUGAUGAAGGAAUUAGAGAUCUUCUGAACACAAGCCAAUUUAAGAAAAAAGUAAUGAUUUUAGAGAAUUCAGAGGGUACGUCAGUUGUUGUUGGGGCUGAAGAAAUUGAAUGUCAAAGUGUUAGUGAAGUAUUUAAUUGCUUGCAUAUAGGAAUGAGUAACAGACAAGUAGGAUGGGCCACAGAUCAACAGCAACCAUCUCGUUCCCAUUCAUUAUUCACGUUAACUCUUGAGCAGCAGUGGAGUGUUGAUAACGUUGUUUAUCAUACAUGUUCGAAAGCUCAGUUUACUGAUCUUGGUGGCUCAGAGAAAACAGUUUUAAUAGAAAAUGGUGGUCAUUUCACAUCAAAAUCAGUUCAACUGGAUUAUGGAUUGGUAGCUUUGGGGAAUGUUGUUUCCGCACUAACUGAACCGCAUUGGCAGCAUGCGCAUGUCCCCUAUAUGCAGUCCGUGUUAACAAGACUUCUUAAAAGUUCAUUUGGCGGGAAAGCUACUACAUUGGUAAUCGGAUGUGUAUCACCAGCUUCUUUGGAUUAUGAUGGAACACUAAACAGUUUGGGAUUUGUUACUCAUAUACGAGGCAUCACUAACACUCCAGUGAUGAACAGAGCAGCAGUCAGCAAUGAUCUUGAACGUAUUGCAGAAGUUACUUCAGAGGAACAGUAUACGGAUGUUCCGGAUUCAGAGGAAAGGAGUACGAAUGUGGAUACGUUCGGACUUGAAUUUGCGGCGUCUCAGUGGUUGAAAUUGGUUGCUAAUGCAGAAGAUUUGUUCAGCAAACUUGUGAGCAGUGCAGGCCUUUCUCGAGACGAGAAAGAUCAGAUUGAACGUUGGCUGUGUUUUAAACAAGAAUGCGAAGAAUGUGUUGGUAGCGAUGACGCUGCAAGUUGCAGGGGUUUUGAAGGAAGAAUACUAGAAAGGAUAGAUGAGAUUACAGAGUCAGAGGAAAAGAGUGAAACUUCCCAAGUAAGUUCCUCUCUAAAAGUGACAUCAGACUGUAGCAAGAAUGUGGGUGAGAAGACUAAUUACGAAUCUGAGACGGAAAGUGAACAGGGUUCCCAGCACCCAGAUUUUUUAGAAAAAUUGGAUGACCUGAUUAAAAAAUUCAAGUAUAGAACAGACGGUACAGUGAAAAACAGAAAGGAUUCAUAUAUUACAGAAGAUGAGAAUGAAAAGACCGGUAUGUCAAAACACUGCUUGGAUGACGAACAAGGUGAUGAAAUCCUCAGUAUGUGUUGUCCAUCAAAAGUGGCACCCUUUGUAAGUCACAAGUCGUUAGGUGGCAGAAGGAAAAGCAUUCAUCCUGGAGCAGAUUUGCCUGAUAUUGCAAUGGCAAUGAAUUAUGCAAGAUUAGGAGCAUCUAUGAAAGAGGCUGAGUCCGUAGCAGAAGAAUCAUGCGAGGGAGAUGUUAAUAUUGAAAGAGAAAACGAUCAUGAGACAAGUGGCGGUGCGAAUAAUAGUGUAAUCCAGGAUAGUGCAAGUGAAGUGCUUCCACCUGCCUGCACUUUACCACCACCCGGGCCAUACCAAGAGCUACAGAUGCUUUCCGCAGGGACUGAGGCGAGACAAAGCCAGAUUCGUCAGGUACUGAUUGACCUGGACGGUCUUCACAAGAGACUUGAGGAGUUGCAAUGCACUAUACAGAUCAAGGAACAAUUCAUUGGUGAUAUGAUCAGAAAUAGUGAAAUGAGAGCAUCAGCGAAACAAAAAUUUCAGAGGAAGAGGAGUAAAUUGGAGGAGGAAUAUUAUAAGACGAGGACACAUCUAGCACAAGCCGAGAAUGCGUUAUUGUUGACAGCUAAGAAUUGUGAUCUGAAUGAAGAAAAGCUACAACACAAGAAGGAAGUUGAGAAAUAUAAAAAUCUUGCAAUACAUUAUGAAAAACGUCUUAAAGAUAUUGAGAUGGUUAAACAGAUAGCGGGUGACAGUGCUAGAAAGGUUCUGGAAUUGGAAAACAGCCUCAAAAAUUCCAAGAAGCAAAUGGAGAAACUGAAUAAGCAGCUAAAGCAAGAGGAGCGGCACAAACAGUGUUUAGAACAGGAGCUUAUAGAAGAUCAGCGCAAAAUAAAGGAUCUGGAACAGAAGUAUAAUUUGCAGGCCACAAAGUUGAAUGCGAAAGAUGCAGGCGAAACUUUAGAUGAGGAGAGGCUACGUUGGAUUCAGGAAGAAGAAAGAAUCGUUAGCAUGAGAGAAUCAUCACAAAGACUCCAGGAACAGUUGUUACAACAACAAACAAUGCUGGAGAAGAGAGAGGCAUUUCUGAAAGAGAAACUUUGUCUUGAAAAUUUCAGGACGAGGAGUAUAAGGGAAGUAAGUGCAAGAAUAUCUCAUAUAGAGCAAGUACUGAAAGAGAAAUCAAUUGAUAUGGAGAAGGUUGAGGAUUUGGAUGAAAAAGAAGCAUUAAGGCAUGAAAUUCACAGCCUUCGGAAGACAAAAGAAUGUCUUUCAGAAGAACGGCGUGGUCUUGAUGAAAAGCUGCAGAAGGACAAAAAGCUUUCAACGGUUGAAGAGAGAAAGAUGUUAGAGUGUGAAGAAGCGAUUGAAGCUAUUGAUGCUGCAAUUGAAUAUAAGAAUGAAUUAAUAUGUGGAAGGAAGGGGCAAGGUUUAGAUAAUAGUCGUGUACAGCGAGAAAAGGGUGAGAAGUUGCUGUUAGAUCGCCUGAUGAAGCUUUCACCCAUGGAGAUGAGAACUCUACUCUACAAAUAUUUCCAGAAAGUGAUAGACCUCAGGGAAAAUGGCAGGAAAAUGGAAGUUCAACUUAUGGAGUUAGACUUUCAGACAGAGGCUCAGAGUUGGAAGAUUCGAUCACUAAUCAACGCUCUUCAUAAGUCCCAUCUGGAGGCAGAGCGGCGGAUUGUCGUCCUGCAGAAAGAGCAUCAGGAAAAGCUUCAUAUUAUGUUACGUAAUUUUGCCGAGGAAUCAAGUGCAAGUUCAGGUGCUGAAGCUGCUAGUCGCCAUCUGCUUCUCGAUAGGGACGCGGAACUUGGCAAAUACAGACGCGAGAACAAGAGUUUGAAAAAGAGGAUUCAAGAGCUAGAAGCAUUGUUUAAAACUGACGCAAGAGUUCGGCGAAGAAGUAGAAGCAUAAGUCCAGUCGCAAUACCGCAGCAGAACUUGAAACAACUCCAAGGCUCAGGUUCUGCACCAACCACCAAAGUUACCAGACAGAAGAACAAACUUAUUAUUCAGCAACAUAAUUCUAAGAAAACGUCAAGGAGCUAGCAGAAAUGUCAAGUGACUUAAGUCACGUAGCGUAUUGCUCAAAGAGUAAGGAACGUUAGAUAAGAAACUUUAAAUUAAAUUUUGUAUUCACUUAUUUAUACCUAAGAAACUGCUGCUACACAGCUGGAAAUCCAGUGACUUAUAAAUUUAUCUACGAUAAAUAAUUCUGUCCGGUCGGGAAUUUGAUUGAAACGUGAUACCAAACGGUAAACUCGGAACGAUAGAGCGGGACCUUAGUAAUGUGGCAGUCUUGUACUCAGCCAUUUCAAAGAGAAGUGCUAUUUUUUUUCCGUGUCCAGUACACACCAUUCAGCAUGGUGUGCAUUGGUGGUUAGCAGGAUUCAUGACCCAUCAGUACAUGGGUUCGAUCGGGACCGCAAUAUUUAACGCUCCUGCCGUGACCCCCUU